GGUCCCGCCAUGGAGGAGCCGGGCUGCGGGGCGCAGUUCCGCGCCGCCGUGCAGGUGAUCCAGGGGCUGCCGCGGAGCGGUGCGUACCGGCCCUCGUACGAGGAGAUGCUGCGCUUCUACAGCUACUACAAACAGGCGACGGCGGGGCGCUGCCAGGGCCCGCGGCCCGGCUUCUGGGACCCCAUCGGCCGCUACAAGUGGGACGCCUGGCACAGCCUGGGCGCGAUGUCCAAGGAGGAGGCGAUGGCCGCGUACGUGGCGGAGAUGAAGAAGGUGGCGCAGAAGGUCAUUGACACCGUGCCCAUGGACGAGAGCACGCGGGAGAUGUUCCGCUACUUCGAGCCGCUCUACGAGGUCAUCCACGACAUGCCCCGGCCCCCCGAGGCCUUCUUCGGGAGCACAGCGGAGAGCCAGGGACAGCAGGAUGGCACCAGCCAGGAUGGCACAGAGAGCAGCCCAGCUCCAGAGAGGCCCAGGGACAGCCUGCCAGGGCAGCAGCACAUGCCAGGACCUGGGCUGGCUCCAGGCCCUGAAGUGACCCAAGUGACGAGUGACUCUGAGGGGGACACGUUCAGUGACACCCUGGAGCAGAUGGAGCCUGAGAAGGCUGGGCAGGUGCAGGGGCUCCCCCCAAAGAGCCCCCAGGCUGGGGCUGAGCCCCCAGAGCCUCUCAGUGCUGGGCAGGGCGAGCGGGGCGAAGGCAGAAGAGCCGAGGGGAGCAGCAGCAGCAGCACAGACCUGCCAGCCCUGGGCUCCGACACAGAUGCCCGGCUGCCUGGGGAGCUGGAGGCGCAGGUGGCCGGCGCGGUGCGGGCGCUGCAGGAGGAGCUGCGGCGGGUGCGGGAGCGGCUCAGCCGCCUGGAGACGCUCGGGGCCGCCCAGGGACAGACAGACCCUGGCCUGGCACUCGCUCCACAGGCCGUGUCCCGGUGGCGCCUGCCCGUGUCCCCACGCACGCUGCUCUUCCUGGCCACCUGGCCCUUCGUCACCCAGUGGCUGCUGCGCCACUGGCAGGGCAGGAAGAGGUGACCCCCGAGCACCGCCACCGCCACCGUUCCUCGCCAUCCCGCUUCGCACGGAGCCACGCGGGAACCGCCUCAGCAGCCACCGGGACACCGGCACCGACA